AUGGCUUCGCCGCACCCGCUCAGCUGGGCCGACGCGCCGCCCUACCACUACCACGCGACACCCCAGCUGGCGCCCGACUCCUCCGCCUCCUCCGACGGGGCCGGGGCCCGCUCGCUCUGGAUCGGCGGCCUGCUGCACUGGAUGGACGAGGACUACCUCUACGCCUGCUUCACCACCUCGCCCGAGCUUCUUUCCGUUGUCAUCAGACGGAGCAAGCAGACUGGGCAAUCAGAGGGUUUUGGCUUUCUCAAAUUUGCUGACCAUACCGCCACUGCUCAGAUUCUCAAGUCUUACAAUGGUCAGAAGAUGCCUAACGCUGUUCGAGAUUUCAAGCUCAACUGGGCCACUCAACAGCCUUCUACCGAGAAACUCCAUGAUCCAGAUUUCAAGCUCGACCCGGCCAUACAGCAGGAUGCGCCUCAGAGGCACUCCGGCGACAAUUCCUCUUCUGAGCAUUCCAUAUUUGUUGGGGACUUGUCCUAUGAUGUCACAGAAUACAUGCUACACCAUCUGUUCAAGACCCGCUACCCAUCAGUGAAGAGCGCAAAAAUUAUCUUUGACAGGUUCACUGGUCGCUCAAAAUGCUUUGGCUUUGUUCAGUUUGGAGAUGUCAAUGAGCAGACACAAGCACUGACAGAAAUGAAUGGAGCGUACUGUUCUACCAGGCCUAUGCGGAUUGGACCUGUUCCCAACAAGAAAAAUUUUUUCCACAACAAACAAGGGACUGAGUCUUAUCAUGAUAACAAUUCAAGGCUAUUUGUUGGGCAACUUGACCAAAGUGUCACUUAUGAAGAUAUGAUGCAAGCCUUUCGUCCAUAUGGAGAGCUUAUUGAUGUCAAGAUAUUAGCAGGGAAGGGCUGUGGGUUUGUCACAUACUCUAACAGGGCAUCUGCAGAGGAAGCCAUUAGAAUGCUAAAUGGAAGUCAACUGGGAGGUAAAGCCAUAAAAAUUUCAUGGGGUCAACGUUCUGCUGAGAAGCAGGCUCAAAGGAAUAGCGGCGGCUUCGGUUGGUCUCCUCAGGAUCCCUAUGCUUAUGCUCAGACAGGCCAUCCAGGAUAUGGAUAUUACCAACAGCAGCUGCCCACAGUGCAGAUGUUUCGGCUACACUGCCUUGAGAGGGCAUAUGUGGCACCUUGGUCUCAGCCUGCCCUGGCCCCUGGCAGCGUUCGCCUGCUUUGGUAA